AUGCCCCGAGUUGACCCGGCAGUGCACCCGACCCCAAUCGACACAGGAAACACAAAGGAUCAUCGACACCGGAAGAAGGCGGUACGGCUGAAGUCCUGGCUUGUCAUCGACUCGACUGGCCGGAUCCAGCAGAUCGAUGCCGGGAAGCAGUCCAUCAUGCGCCGCACGGGGCUCUCAGCCCGCGACCUCCGGAUCCUCGACCCGUUUCUCUCGUACCCGUCGUCCAUCACGGGCCGCGAGAGAGCCAUUGUGAUCAAGCUGGAGCACAUCAAGGGGAUAAUCACUGCACAUAAUGUUUUGCUGCUGAACUCUAAGGACCCAGCGGUGGUUCCUUUUGUGGAGGAGCUCAAGCGACGGUUCUUGCAUUAUCAUGAAGCAAAAGCAGUGAAGAUUCGCGGAAAUGGCGGCGAUGAGCGAACUGCAGCGGAGCUAGCAAAAAUCUUCCAAGGCUCGCAAGAGAGUGUGGAACACAGUCAAGUGUUGAAGGAACAACAAGACAGAUUGCAGACUUUUCCUUUCGAGUUUGUUGCUUUAGAGGCAUGCCUUGAAGCUGCCUGCUCCUGUUUGGACGACGAGACAAAAGCAUUAGAGCAAGAGGCUUAUCCCGCUUUGGAUAAGCUAACUUCAGAGAUUAGUAGCUUCUACCUCGAAAGGGUUCAUCAAAUUAAGGGCCGUUUGGGUGCAUUAACUCAACGCGUUCAAAAGGUGAGGGAUGAGCUCGAGCAUAUUCUCGAAGAUGAUGGAGACAUGGCGGGUAUGUACCUGACUAGCAAACUGCUUCAAGAAGAAGAUGACAACUCUUCUUCUUCCUCAGCUGCCGUCGAGGAGGAAGAAGAAGUUCAUGAACCCAACAAUGACGACAGGCAUGACAGUGGAGAUCCCGAUAUCUCACCCGAUGAUGGCUUGACUCCUCCGCGUGGCUCGCAGAACGAUGAAAUAGAAACGGCCAAGAGCAGCGAUUCUCGCUUCGCCGCCCCAGUCAGGCAUGUCCACGUGGCGGAAUUAGAGAUGCUCCUAGAGGCAUACUUCGUGCAAGUUGAUGGCACACUUAACAAGCUCUCUACACUGAGGGAGUACGUCGACGACACGGAGGACUACAUGAACAUAAUGUUGGACGACAAACAAAACAAUCUACUGCAGAUUGGAGUGCUGAUGACAACUGCUAUUCUGGUGAUCAGCUUGUACAUAGUCCUCGGUGACGUGAUGGGCAUUAACAUAGCCAUCACACUUUGGCAUCCCACAAAUCAGUCCCAGGAAGACUUCAUAUGGACCAACGUCGCUUGCGCCAUCAUUACCAUCUUAUUGUAUGUCGGCAUAGUUGCAUGGUACAAAUACAAAGGAUUGCUCUGUUAAGGGCAUGUAGAAAUUCAAGA